AUGGCUUCCGAGACUAGCAGCCAGCGGACGCAGCCCGUCAUCAUCAUUGGUGCCGGCCUGGCGGGCCUUGUGGCGGCGUUUGAGCUUUCCCAGCGCAACGUCCCCACCCUGGUCCUGGACCAGGAGAAUGCAAAUAACCUGGGCGGCCAGGCCUUUUGGUCCCUCGGGGGCAUCUUCAUGGUCGACUCCGCUGAGCAGCGCCGGUGCGGCAUUCGCGACUCGCGCGAGCUGGCCAUGCGAGACUGGCUCGGCUCGGCCGGCUUCGACCGCGACGACCAAGACUUCUGGCCCCGGCAGUGGGCCAAGGCCUUUGUCGACUUUGCCGCCGACGAAAUGGAGGACUACGUCAAGGCCCGCGGCAUGGGCUUCCUCCUCAACGUCGGCUGGGCCGAGCGGGGGGAUGGAACGGCAGACGGCCAUGGCAAUUCGGUGCCGAGGUUCCAUCUGACGUGGGGCACCGGCCCAGAGGUGGUCAGAGUCUUUGCCGAGCCCGUCCAGAAAGCUGCCGACCGGGGCAUCGUCGAGUUCAAGUUCCGCCACGUCGUCGACGAGCUGUUGGUGGACGAGUCGUCGGGGCGAGCCGUUGGCGUCAAGGGGCGCGUCCUCGCCGAGGACAACUCGCCCCGUGGCGUCAAGUCGUCCCGCACCGAGGCUGGCCGCUUCGAGAUCAGAGGCGCCGCCGUUGUCGUCUCGUCGGGAGGCAUCGGCGGCAACGUCGACGCCGUCAAGGCCGCCUGGCCCCUGGAGCGCCUGGGGCCCAAGGUCCCCGAGCACUUUGUCGUCGGCGUGCCCGCCCACGUCGACGGCCGCAUGUUUACCAUUGCAGAGACGGCCGGGGCUCGCGUCAUAAACCGCGAUCGCAUGUGGCACUACACCGAGGGCCUCGACAACUGGAACCCCAUCUGGCCCGGCCACGGUAUCCGCGUGCUGCCGGCCCCCUCGUCGCUCUGGCUCGAUGCCACAGGCCGACGGCUGCCGCCCUUUCUCUUCCCGGGAUCCGAUACACUUGCCACGCUUCAGUACAUCUGCAGCACGGGGCACGACUACACGUGGUUCAUCCUCGACCAGUCCAUCAUCGCCCGCGAGUUCGCCCUGUCCGGCUCGGAGCAGAACCCGGAUAUCACCGACAAGAGCAUCUGGAUGCUCCUCACGCGCGUCUUUGGCCGUAGAGGGACAGUGCCCGUGCAAAAAUUUCAAGAAAAUGGUAAGGACUUCGUCGUUCGCGAUAAUCUACAAGACUUAGUCGCCGGCAUGAACAAGUUGGCAGCCGAGAGAGGAGGGCCCGUCCUUGAAUACGAGACCGUCAAACGAAUCGUCGACGCUCGCGACGGCCAGAUGGACAACAAGUAUUCCAAGGAUGCACAGGCAAUGCUGAUUCACAACGGGCGGUCGUACUGGCCGGAUAAAAUCAGUCGUGUCGCCAAGCCACAUCGACUUCUGGACAAGGCACAUGCACCGCUCAUCGCCGUCCGCAUGAAUCUGCUGACGCGCAAGACGCUGGGUGGCAUCGAGACCAACCUCAGCAGCAACGUCAUCCGAGCUGACGGCAAACCGUUUCCUGGUCUCUACGCGGCUGGGGAGACGGCGGGCUUCGGCGGCGGAGGCGUCCACGGAUACCGGUCGCUUGAGGGCACAUUUCUGGGCGGAUGCAUCUUCUCGGGCCUCAAGGCGGGACGGGCCAUUGCUGAUGAGCUGAAUUACCGGAGCAUGGAGUAG